AUGUGGAUUUUUUCGUGCAUUUUCACUCUUGCGAUAGUCUUUCUUCUCAGGCGAUACUUCGACCCGAAAAAGAGGAUCUUAUCCCGGAUACCUGGUCCAAAAGGAAUACCGUUUCUCGGAAAUGCGCUACAAAUAGAUCCGAUCAACAUUCACAGGGAUCUGUUGUCAUUGAAGGAGACCUAUGGGGAGAUAUUCAAACUGGACUUUGCUGGCGACCAAGUGGUGGUUUUAAAUAGUCAUGCUGCCAUAUACGAAGCUCUUGUGACAAAGUCUAAGGAAUAUGCAGGGAGAGUCACAGACACGUUUAGGACUAAAUAUGCAGAUGCACACCAAUCAAUAUUUUUUCGUGAUUUCGACAAUGAAUUCGUUAAAAUUAAGAAAUAUCUUCGUAGUGCAGUAAAGAUGUACGAUGACAAUAGUGAAAAAGUCGUCCACAGAAGUAAUGCGGAAAUACAGUGCUGCAUGAACAAGUUCAGUGUUUACAAUGAGCAGCCAUUUGACCCAAACAAAGACAUCUAUAAGACCCUAGUCAACAUAAUUACUGAAUUGUUAGCGUCUAAUCGUUUCGAGGACGAUGAUUCUGAAUUGAACGAUAUCAUAGAGUACCAGCGCGGAUUUUCGGAAGCCUUGUCUGCCGGCGUGGGAGAAGAACUCGAUAUGUUCCCUUGGUUACGUUAUUUUGGAAAUCAAACGUUCAAGAAGAUGCAGUUCUCUGUAACAAUGAGGAACCGGAUAAUUGGCGGAUGGGUGGAGGAACAUAAGAAAUCGUUCAACAGAGACACUAUAAGAGACCUCAUUGACGCCCUACUAAGAGCGAGGGAAGAUGGAGAUGCAACGUUCAGUGAUUUCAGAAUAAUUAUUUUGGUGGAUGACAUGCUUGGAGCAGGCAUACUGACCACUCAAGUUGUAGUUUCUGCCUUCCUCCAGUUGAUGAUACUUCACCCUGAGAUACAGACCCGUCUACAGCAUGAAGUUGACUCUGUCGUUGGGGCAUCUAGGGCGCCAUCUAUCGAGGACAGAGAUGCCAUGCCAGUGUUACAGGCGAAUAUACAUGAAAUACUGAGAUAUGUGUCACAUAUUCCCAUUGCUGUGCCACACAAGACUACUACAGAUACUUCAGUCGGAGGAUACGAUAUCCCGAAAUCCACGCAGAUCUGGAUCAACCUGUUUGCAUUACACCAUGAUGAAAAUAUAUUUGAUGAACCAUGGAGUUACAAACCCGAGAGAUGGUUAGACGAUUCAGAUCAAUUGGUGUCUAUUGAAGAGAGAAAUAAAACCUUUCCAUUCGGCGCAGGUCGUAGAGUGUGUGCAGCAGAACAGUUUGCAAGAACGAGGGUGUUUCUAUUUCUCGCCAACAUACUACAAAGAUUCACAAUCGUUCAACCUGAGGACGCAGAGCCAUCUAGUGCUGACCCCAGGGAUUAUACACUUGGUCUCGUUCUCAACCCAGGACAAUUUACAAUCAAGGCCAUACCACGCUAA